CUGAUGGAUAACUUUCACCUACGACGUCUUGCUUGGUUUCUUGGUGUCCUCACAACUGCAUUCAUCCUGAUUGUCCAUCUCUUCAAUACCCCAGGGACAGUAGCAUCACGAAUCACAGCUUCGUUAAAAUAUCAGCGAGUUGAUAGUGAUGACAAAAAAAUCUACUCCCAACCGAUUUCUGUUCUGAGAAAUGACACCACAGAUCCACAGGGAAACACAGGUUAUCCAUUAACUCUCGUGUCUCCAUAUCUCAUCAACAAUCCUUCCAUCUGUAAAUCCGACUCCAAACUUAAUUUCUUGUUCAUCUUUCAUACUUCGACGGAUCAUUUAAAGAGAAGGCAGGCUAUACGUAAAACCUGGGGCAAUACUAACAUUUUUCGCAAUAUAAGUUUCCGAAUCGCUUUCUUCUUUGGACAAACUAGUGAUAAGGAAGUCCAAAUGAUGCUCGAAAACGAAAGCACUGUAUAUGGAGAUAUCAUACAAGGCCAUUUUAUAGAUUCUUAUCACAAUCUUACCCAUAAAGGAGUUCUAACAUAUCGUUGGAUAAGUGAAUUUUGCUCCAAUGUUGAGAUGGUUGUGAAAGUUGAUGACGACGUGUUUGUGAAUGUGUUCAACCUAUUGGAAUUCUACCUUCCGCUGUAUCAUAACGCUUCGCGAAAAAUGAUGUGUCAUUUAAGACCUAAGGGUACAAGCCGUAUAAUGAGAGAAAAUGGCAAGUGGGUGGUUCCUGCAAAUCAGUUUAAGAACAUGACGCAUUAUCCAGUGCCGUACUGCAAUGGGUAUUUUGUACUGAUAUCUGCUGACAUUAUUCGCCCAAUGUACAAAGCCGCAUUUUCUACACCAUUUUUCUGGGUGGAUGAUGUUUACUUGUAUGGCUUGCUUCCGGCAAAAAUUGGAAAUGUAGAAUUUACAUCAAUAACAGUCAAUUUGACCUUGAAUCAAGAGACCGGCAUGAAAUGUUACACAGGGAAUACAACGUGCAAGUAUCUGGCUUCCUACGCCGAAAAACAGGGCUACAUGGAGUCAAUGUGGUAUGCAGCCUUGAAAAUGUAUCGCACAAUUGCCAAAAAGUUUGUUUCUAACAAACUUCUUAUGAACUGAGAGAAAGAG